UUUACAUACAAAACAAUCACACCAUUCGAAUCAUACAAACACACUGUCGAUAUCACAAAACAAUCAUGGAGUUAAGAAGCCUUAUUCUAAUGUUUCUGUCAGUGUCACAUUCUUUAGGGCUAUUCAUAUUAUUCACUUCAGUGAGCGCACAAAAUCAGGUUAAAGUGGAAGAACAAGACAGUCGUAGCACCGAUGUUAAAUUUAAAAAGAAACAGAAGUACACUCGUGUUUUCAACGAUGAGCAACUCUCAGUUUUCGAUGGAUCUUCUCCGGAUCAACCAAUUUAUUUGGCAAUUAAAGGAAUUGUGUUUGAUGUAACGUCAGGUAAAGAAUAUUAUGGCAAAGGGGCCGCCUACAAUGCUCUGGCUGGCAAAGAUUGCACAAGAGCAGUAGCUAAGAUGUCACUGGAUCCAAAUGAUCUCACCUCUGAUGUUGAUGGUCUCUCCAAAGAAGAGUUGGGUAAUCUUGACACCGUUCUCAAGGAGACAUAUAAAGCCAAAUAUCCAAUUAUUGGCCACAUGUUAUUUAAGAGAGUGGAUAUGAAUUCACCACCGCUCUACAGGGUUGAUCUCUAACAGCUCCGUCUGAUUACAAUUGCCUUAAUUUUGUACAGUUCAUUUUAAAACCGCAUUCAAUAAUACCUCAGACAGUUUCGCUCUUCCUAUUGGUGGAGAGCGCGUCACGUUGGUGUGUAUAAACCUUUGUUUAU